AUGCCUUCGGAAUGUUUGUUCAACAACUUGCCUCUCCUUAUUGUUCAGAACGAAACCGACAGUUCAAGACAUUACUUCCUUUUCCUUCCCAGUCUAUCUGCUGUUCUCAUUUUUCCCAACUAUCGAUUCUUGCUUCCGCUUCGUUUUCUGUCACAAUGGUUUAUAAUCGUUUCAGAUCCGUUCAUUCCAACUCACCUUUUGCGAUGGGAGAGUUAUCAAAGUAGGAUUGCAAAAGACUGGAUCGAUCAUCGUACAAGCAAAAUGUCCGGCCGUCAAGUACACACUGGAUUUCCGGGCAGCAAUACGCUGCAUUCCGAACAGUGUCGGGCAGAAAUACAGCGUUUCGAAAGCGUACAUCCAUGCAUCUAUCAGAUAUAUGACAUGCUAGAAUGCCUUCCACUUCCUCCGGAAUACGCGCACAUGAGAGAUGAGAUUCGAGAUCAAGUGGUUUGCAUCGAAGAUGCUUUCGUCAACAGUCAUGAAUGGACGCUCAGCAGAUCGGUCAGCGAACUCCGUUUGGGCGUUGUUGGUACGACAUCAUCUGGAAAAACAUCAUUAGUACAUCGAUACCUUACUGGUACUUUUACGGCAGAAGAAAGUCCUGAAGGUGGCCGGUUUAAGAAGGAAGUGUUUAUUGACGGUCUUAGCCACCUGCUGUUGAUUCGAGACGAAGGCAGUGCCUCACCGGAUGUUCAGUUUUCCCUGUGGGCGGAUGCAGUGAUUUUCGUCUACAGUGUCGACAAUCAAGAAAGUUUUGAACGUGUUCGACACUUCUACAGUCAUAUGAAUAAAUUUCGGAACGUUGCCGAUAUGCCUGUCUUACUAGUUGGUACUAAGGACACAUUAUCGGAGAAAAAUCCUCGCGUAAUUAGCGAAGAAGAGGGCAAGCAGAUGGCAAAUCACUUGAAGCGUUGCGCAUACUACGAAACAUGUGCGACCUAUGGAUUAAAUGUGGAGCGGGUUUUCAAAGAUGCUUGCUGUAAAAUUCUACAACAGCGAUUGCGGACAUCACUUGGUGGCAAUACAAGGACUCCAACACCAACUGCUGGUGGUCAGGAUAAGCGGGACUAUCAGGAGGCUCGUUUUAUGCAAAACGUGCUGUACGGAUCCGUUCCGGCGCAGAAAACUGUUUACCAUCAGCGUUCCGUCUCAUCGGCACCGCUAGCCGAACAGUUUGGAGGAUCGCGAAAAAGCCACGUGCAUCAGCGUGAAACACCUGGAGCAUCUUCAGCCCAACGUUGUGGUGAUCGCGCGGUAUCGGCUUUUGUGGUACCAUCUGGGAUGCCUUCGCAAUCGCAGUUUGGAAGUCGUGCCAGCCAAAUGGACUAUCGAGGAAUUUCUCCAACCAACAGUCAGAAGAGCAUGAGUAAUGGCGUUCAUACCCGCUCGUCGGCUGCAUUACUCGAUCCUGGAAGCGAUUUCGGUCAAAUAGGUUCUGGCCUAGAUUCGCAUUCUCUUGCUAGUGCUUCUACCUCACAUUUACCUACUCCCUCAUCGACGCCAACAACUCAGAGAAAAAACAGAAGAAUAUCGAAUAUUUUCCAACGUCCGAAAGACAGCGAGGAUAAAAAUAAAGCGCAGACCGUAAAUCUUGGAGGAGGACGAGAAAUUCCGAUCAAGGAGGGUACGAUGCAUAAAAGGAGUACGAAGGGUGCAUUGAAUCGCGAAUGGAAGAAGAAGUACGUAUGUCUGUAUGGAGAUGGUAGGCUAACGUAUCACCAUACUCAGAAAGAUUAUCGUGACAAGCCGAAUCAUGGAAAAGAGGUGUUUCUCGGCCUUGCUACUGUGCGAAUAGCCGGACGUCAACGUCCUCGCAACACUCAGCGAGGCAUGGGCACGAGCCAGUUUGAAGAGACAGCGAAUUCGACGAAUUCAGUGAGCUCGGUCGCACUUCGACCGUAUGAACCGAGGAGGAGUGAUGCUGGAGGUGGAUCUGGCGAGGGUACAUCUGGUGGUGGAAGCGAUGAUGCAAAAGAAGCUUCUCCUGCGAUACAGCUCACCCCACAGACUGUAGCCGGCCACAAGAAACGAAGAGGCGGAAAUCGAAGAAUAGGAGGAUCUGCUGGAAAACAGACAGACGAGGAUGACGAAUGUUUCGAGAUCAUAACAUCUGAUCAGAAGCACUGGGAAUUUUGUGUGGCAGCCGAAGAGCGCGAUGCUUGGGUCGCUGCUAUCGAAGAGCAAAUAGAAAAAGCGCUCCAAAAUCAAAUGAGUAAGCCUAGCACGAGAGCCAAAGGUGGCAAAGAAGAGGUUCUUGCUUUGCGUCGACUACCGGGCAAUGAUCGCUGUGCUGAUUGUGGCCAAACAGCACCAGAUUGGGCUAGCCUCAAUCUCGGUAUACUGAUUUGUAUUGAGUGUUCUGGUACCCAUCGCAAUCUUGGAUCGCACAUCUCGAGGGUACGUUCCCUGGACCUGGAUUCUUGGCCAGUUGAGUUUCUGGCAGUUAUGCAGGCAAUAGGAAAUGAUGCUGCAAAUCGGUUGUGGGAGUACCACGCUCCAGCAGAUCGGCGACCUCAACCAGACAGUCCACUCGAAGUCAAAGAAGCAUGGAUCCGUGAUAAAUAUGAAGCGAAACGAUUUUUACCUUCACUCCGAGUGGAUGCCACUGUUGGUUCGCAGCUUGUCGCAGCUGUCAUUGCACGAGAUGUCGCUGAAGUAUCGUUAUUGUUGGCCAGAGCCUCUCCAGAAGACGUGAAUACAACGGUUUCUGGCACUAGAGAUCGGAGGUCACCUUUGCAUUUGGCCUGCAGUAUCGGAAGUCUUGCCAUUCUCCAGCUUUUGUUAUGGAAUAAUGCCGACAUCCGUGCGCUUGACGAACAAGGGCGAUCCGGUUUGUGGCAUGCGCGGAAUAGCGGAUUCAAGGAGUGUGCAGAUAUGUUGCUGACGGCUGGCCUUGAACCUAAUUAUGGCAUGCCUUCUGCGUCAAUGCGUGAUUUGGCUCACUCUCCACCACCUGAGGCUGCUAUGCUCGGAUCAAUCUCAAAUCGCGAUUACUCCUGCAUAGGUGACGAAGUAGUUCUGCGGAGAGCAGCGCCAACGAUUGCAACGCCUGGAAAGCGAUCGACAAAUGCGUUCGAUAUGCUACCGGCAAGCAUCAUCUAGCCACAUUCCCAUGUUUUUCUGUUCGCUUCAUUUCAUACCGGUUUUUUUACACAAUUUCUUAUCGAUCGAUUUGUGCCUACUUUUUUUGUAUUGCUAAAUUCGAAUAUAUCUAGUCUCACUUUCUUAGACUGUUUUUUCUAUUGCGGGCGAUUCGCGUCCUCAUUCGACUUUUGCCUGUCAUUCCCUAUGAUCUCUUUGACAGUUUUCGUUUUUUUUUUAAUUUUCAGCAGACGAUGCCUAUCAUCCAGAAAUGUUGCCCACUCAAAACUCCUCUAUCAUGCAACUGUCAUUCCAUUUCUUUCGUUUGUACUCCAGCUGCAUCGAUCCAGUGCUCUCUAUGUCUAUAAUCUUUUGAUUGUUAUAAUGAUCUGCGUUAUCCACUUCACUCGAUUUCAUGUUCGUUUUCAGCUCUUCGUUUUCCUCAAUUUUUCUUCCUGCACUUUCCAUACACGAAAUGUAAAUAUAUAAAAUGUUCAAGCUCACAUGUGAGCUGUAUUAUACUGAUGAAUCGUCUAU